AAGAAAGUAUUAGGCCCAGAGAGGAGGAAGCCGGAGCGUGCAGAGGGCAAAGAGGCCCUUGAGAGCUGCUCCCUACGAAAUGUGCAUCGUGGUGAAAGCUGUGGGAGUCCCAGAGCUGGCCUAGUUUACUCCUCCCUCUCAGGCAGCGCCAUGGCCUCAGAGGCACCGUCCGGAUUGUCUCUUCUGUGGGAUAGAGUGGAAAGAGCAGCCGGGCAGCCCAAUCAGGAUCUGUUGCCCUUCCAGGGUCUGGUGACCUUUGAGGCGGUGGCCGUGUAUUUCACGGAGGAGGAAUGGGCCCUGCUGGAUCCUGGCCAAAGAGCUCUGCACAGGGAAGUCAUGGAGGAGAAUUAUGAGACGGUGGCCUCUCUCGAGUCAGACCUCCAUUCGUGUUGGGAAGAAAGAGAAGAUGCCUUUAUCCUGGAUCCCAAAGAAGAGGCGACAUCAACAGCAGGUGACGGGCAGAAGAAUGAGAAUACUAGAGAACCGCAGAUGGUGCCACUGGUAAUAGCCAAGACUGAGAGUCAGAAAGAGAUGUUUGGAAAUCAUGGGGGACCAAAAACAUCUGAAAUAAAGCAGGCAAAGAAUGAGAGCAAGAAAUCCUCUACUUCUCAUACUUUUCAUGCCAGAACACACACUGGAGAAAAACCAUUUAAAUGCAUGGAGUGUGGAAAGAGCUUCAGUGUAAGCGGUAACCUUAAAAUACAUCACAGAACCUACACAGGGAACAAGCCAUUUAAAUGCAGGGAGUGUGGAAAGAGCUUUAGUCAGAGCAGUAACCUUACAUUAUAUGAAAGAACCCACACAGGGGAGAAACCAUUUAAAUGCAGAGAGUGUAGAAAGAGCUCCAGUGUAAAAAAUAGCCUUACUUUCCAUCACAGAACGCACAUAGGGGAGCAACCAUUUAAAGGCAGGCAAUGUGGAAAGAGCUUCAGUGGAAGUGGUAACCUUAAAUUACACCACAGAACCCACACAGGGAACAAGUCAUUUAAAUGCAAGGAGUGUGGAAAGAGCUUCAGUCGGAAUGAUCACCUUACAUUACAUGAAAGAAACCUCCCAUCUAGGGAGACAAUUGGACCCUUGGAUGAUAAGUGAGUCAAAGGUGUACUAAAGAACGAUAAGGAGAUUGCAGAGAAGCUAAAUGAAUUCUUUGCAUCUGUCUUCACAGUGGAAGAUAUAGGGCAGAUCCCUGAACCUGAACUAACAUUUGCUGGAAGGGAUUCUGAGGAACUAAGACAAAUAGUGGUAACGAGAGAGGAAGUUCUAAGCUUAAUGGAUAAUAUAAAAACUGACAAAUCACCGGGCCCGGAUGGCAUCCACCCGAGAGUUCUCAAAGAACUCAAAGGUGAAAUUGCUGAUCUGCUAACUAAAAUAUGUAAUUUGUCCCUCGGGUCCUCCUCCAUGCCUGAGGACUGGAAAGUGGCAAAUGUAACGCCAAUCUUCAAAAAGGGAUCAUGGGGGGAUCCCGGAAAUUACCGGCCACUUAGCUUAACUUCUGUCCCUGGAAAACUGGUAGAAAGUAUGAUUAAAGCUAGAUUAACUAAGCACAUAGAAGA